GUGCAUGAUUCAGCUCGUUUGUUUACCCUAACAGUCUAACUUGGUGGCAGUAGUCAAUCUUUGUUUUGUUUGUGUUUAAUUGGUUAGUGCUGACAGUGCAGCCAAUCCGGCUCCGUUCUCGGGAAAAAGGGGUGGGACUUCGGCGUAAACGGUCAGGUUCAGUGUAUCUGUGUAAGAGAGAAGAGUCAUUCACCGUUAGGUAAAGUUGCAAUGAUCUAAGCGGAGAUCCUAUUAAUAACUUGACGGCUGACGACCAGUUAUCCGAUGGUUUGGAUUGUGGUGACCUGCCCGAUCUGAUUCAGGAGACGGACAUCUAAGACGAGGAUCGGAAAAACUCCUGUGGACCACUAAGAAGAACGGUUUCCCGCGUCUGCGCUUCCGGCUGUAGACAGUUUACUGGUGUGUUUUUUCUCCCGGGUUCUGCCUGCCGUCCAUCGCCCGGAUUCCGCUCAUCUUCUCCUUUGAAUGGGGAACCAGAGACGUGGUCUUGUCCAGCACCGUGAGUGUAGAUGGCCACGUCCUGGCAGUGUCUGACAACAUGUUUGUCCACAACAACUCUAAGCACGGCCGAAGGGCCCGCAGACUGGAGCCCGGCGAGUCUGUGGAGAAUACUAUGGAAUAUGCCACCCCGUGCAUCAAAGCCAUUAGUCCCAGUGAGGGCUGGACCACCGGCGGGGCGAUGGUCAUCGUCAUUGGGGAGAACCUUUUUGACGGCCUGCAGGUGGUGUUUGGCAGCAUGCUGGUGUGGAGUGAGUCUGCAUGCAUGCAAUCUCACUGUGAGCUGCUGUGAGAACCUGGCAAAGAAUAUCAACCCAUCACAAGUUAGAGAGCUGGACCUGUCCAACAACAACCUGACAGAUGCAGGAAUAACACUGCUCUCCAAGAAACUGAAGAACAGCAAAUUGGAGAAACUCAGACUGAGGAGCUGCAAUCUAACACAGCACAGCUCCGAUGACCUGACCGCCGUCAUCAGCUCAGCCUCCUGCCAGCUUAGAGAAUUGGACCUAUCUGACAAUGACUUGCAGGACGUAGGAGUCAAAACGCUCUCUGGUGGACUGGAGAGUCCUCACUGUAAACUGAAGAUACUCUCAGUGACAGAGGAAGGCUGCACUUUCCUGGCAUCAGCUUUGAACUCGUCCAGUUUGAGAGAGCUGGACCUGAGCUACAACCACCCGGGAGAGUUGGGCGUGCAGCUUCUGUCUGCUCUGAUGGCCGACCCACAAUGCAGCCUGCAGAAACUCAGGAGGAGCAGCUGAGAUGAGGAGUUGGAUCCAGGUGAAGAAGACGGCGGAGCAGCAGGGCGCCGCCGGCGCUGCGUACGUUGGCCCGUGACUGUGUUGAAUAAAAGCGUCGCAUUCA